AUGGCCUCCCUUCGAUCAGCAGCGACAUCUGCGCUGCGGACUUCCAGCGUCCGACCGACAAUCUCCCUCCGCACACCCGUCCUCGCACGCUACCAGUCCGAUGGUUCCGCCAAACCGAGAGCCCAAUCAGCGAGCGGUGAAUUGGCGCGGCCGCCUUCAGGUUCAAUGGGACACGCUGUUGUGAGACGGGAGAAUCCUCCUCAUGGACAAGGGAAGCAUCAGCCGGACUAUAACGUGGCGGUGGACUACAGGACAUCGAACUUCUCUCCAGUACCGAUGCGCGUGAUGGACGGCAGCGAGCCCGGCGACGAUACACCUGCGGCGGUGCUCUCUGGUGCGCCUAUCGAGCUUCAAGCUCGUACAGUUCGCAUCUACAAACCCUCCAAAACAGCCACUCAAUCCGGCGACUGGCACGGACAUCAAUGGCGCAUGGACUGGGACCCACUUUCAAAAGGCCACCGAUGGGAGAACCCUCUGAUGGGCUGGCAGAGUUCGGCGGAUUUCAUGCAGGGCACACAUUUGAACUUUGACACGAAAGAUGCGGCGGUUGCGUUUGCGAAGAAGCAGGGAUACGAGUUCUUUGUGCAGGAGCCGAACGAGAGGAGGAUCAUUCCGAAGGCGUAUGCGGAUCAGUUUGUGCACAGCCCGAAGAAAUUGAAGCAGGUCAGGACGAAGUAG